CCCCCCCCCCCCCCCCCCGCCGCCGCCGCCGCCAUGGCGGCCCCGCGCCCUCACGGCGGAGGGAGGGCGACUAACGGGGCCCCCCCGCGUCUCCCCGACCCCCUCCCCGGGCUCCUCGGUGUCUCCUCGGCCCUCCCCCGGGGCUCCUCGGGGGCUCCCCGCAGUCUCUCCCUGGGGUCUCCCCCUCCCUGCUUUGGGUCCCCCCCCGGCCCCUCUCUCCAACCCCUCUUGGGGUCUCUCCAGUCCUCCCUGGGUCUCCCCUGCCUCCCUCGGGGGGUCUGCAGCCCCCCAACCCCUUGGAGUCUCUCCAGUCCUCCCCGGGUCUCCCCUGCCUCCCUCGGGGGUCUGCAGCCCCCCAACCCCUUGGAGUCUCUCCAGUCCUCCCUGGGUCUCCCCUGCCUCCCUCGGGGGGUCUGCAGCCCCCCAACCCCUUGGAGUCUCUCCAGUCCUCCCCGGGUCUCCCCUGCCUCCCUCAGGGGGUCUGCAGCCCCCCAACCCCUCUUGGAGUCUCUCCAGUCCUCCCUGGGUCUCCCCUGCCUCCCUCGGGGGGUCUGCAGCCCCCCAAUCCCUUGGGGUCUCUCCAGUCCUCCCUGGGUCUCCCCUGCCUCCCUCAGGGGGUCUGCAGCCCCCCAGCUCCUUUUGGGGGUCUCCCCAGACCUCCUCGGGUCUCCCCUGCCUCCCUCGGGGGGUCUGCAGCCCCCCAACCCCUUGGGGUCUCUCCAGUCCUCCCUGGGUCUCCCCUGCCUCCCUCGGGGGGUCUGCAGCCCCCCAACCCCUUGGGGUCUCUCCAGUCCUCCCUGGGUCUCCCCUGCCUCCCUUGGGGGGUCUGCAGCCCCCUGGCCCCUCUUGGAGUCUCCCCAGCUGCCUUGGAGUCUCCCCUGCCUUCCUCAGGGGUCUGCAGCCCCCCAGCCCCUCUUGGAGUCUCCCCAGUCCUCCCUCGGGAGUCUGCAGCCUCCCAGCUCCUCUUGGAGGUCUCCCCAGCCCUCCCUGGGUGUCACCUGCUUCCCUCAGGGGGUCUGCAGCCCCCCAGCUCCUCUCCAGGCCUCCUCAGCCCCCCUUUGGGGUCUCCAUCUCUCCCCUUUGGGUCUCCCCAGCACCUCUGUGCAGCCCCCCUCAACCCUCCAUGGUUCUCCCCAGCCCCUCCCAACCCUCCUCCCCGGGUCUCCCCUGCCUCCCUCAGGGGGUCUGCAGCCCCCCAGCCCCCUUGGGGUCUCCCCAGCCCUCCCUGGGUCUCCCCUGCCUCCCUUGGGGGGUCUGCAGCCCCCCAGCUCCUCUCCAGGCCUCCUCAGCCCCCCUUUGGGGUCUCCACCCCUGCCUUCAGGUCCCCCCAGCACCUUCCCAGGCCGGAGGGGCCCGUCCCCCCCCGGCCGGUGCCUCUCCGCUCUCCCCUCCCAGGUCUCCUGGGGGAAUCUGCCUUUUUCGCCUUUUUUUCUUUCUCUGAUUCUUUUCAUUUCCUCUCCCCUCUACCCCUGCCCGCCUCCAGCCCUCCCUCCCUGCGCCCCGCAGAAGCGCUCCCCAAAUCCGCACGCGGGAUCUGCUUUUCCCUGUAUCUGCCUUUUUUUUCCCCUUCUUUAGGACCGUCCGGGAGGUUUGGUGGCAGAUCAGGGACCCGGAGCAGGGCGCUCGGUGCCGGCUGGGCUCGCGCGGGGAGCAAACAGCUGCGAGCCUGAGCGAGAGCUGUAUUUUUAAUACGUAUAUAGGAGACUCUAAGGACGACCGGAGAAUCCCAAAGAUUAUGAUUUUACAAGUGUCCGAACCCGUCGGCCCCCGAUGGGAGCAGCGCUGGACCCGGCUCAUUCCCAAGCUUAUUUCCUCAAAUCACUAAACAAAUCCAGUCCUUCAGCCCCCGCCGCACGGGCCAAGUCGUCUCGGCUCCCCGUUGCUCUGGCUGCCUCCCCCGGCCUCUCUGCAGCGGGUCGCGCUCGCCGGGUCCUUCCCGAGCGGAGCGCAGGGACGGAGGGAUGACGGAAAGCGGGAGGUGAGCACCGAGUCUCCCUCCUCGCCACCCGCCUCCGGGAGCCGGGAAAGGAGCCUCCGAGCCCCAGACGGGACCUCUCUUCCUGGCAGGGCUUCGCACAGCACCCGGCAUCUCCUGGGGCGUUGAACCCUGCGGUGAGACCACCGCCGGGAAGAGUUCGGGGUGUUGCAUCCCACGGGAUUCGGGCAUCGCAGCCUAUUUUUGCACAUCUGGGCAUCCUUGGGGCCGGUGCUUUUUUACACCUGACGGUCUCUGCCUCGAAGCACUCCUCCUCCCCGAGGAAGCCCGGAGAAGCUCCUCUCCCGCUUCGCGUCUCCAGCCGGGCUGGGGGAGUUGGAGGGCCUGCGUUUCACUGCAGAGGAAAGCGGAGCAGCUGAGUUCCCACGCUGCCUUUCAUCUUCUGCCCCCGUCUCGAGCCGUUCCCACCGCUCCGCCGAGCAGCUGGAGGAGGAGGAGGAGGAGAGCGCGAUCGCCCUUCGCGCCCCUCUCGCAGCGCGGCCGGGAGCAGAGGAGCGAGCGGGGCAGGACGUGGCGCUGCUCGGGGGACGCAGGCGUGGGACGAGCUGCCGACCGGUCCCCCAAAGCGUGGACACAGCUCCUGGCUGCGCCGGAGGCUCGCGGGACAGGGCUGGAUUUCACUUUGGCCAAGCGCGUGAGGGUGUGGGAAACUCUUAGGAGGGAAAGGACGAAUUUUUCCUCCUGAUCCGUAGCCUGUGCAAGGAAACAAUGCUGGAAAUGCCUCAAU